AUGGGAGGGGACACGGUGAGUGGGACGGCCACCAGCCCUGAGAACGGCGUCACCGCAGGGAGCGCGAGGGUCCCCGGCUGUUCCCCCCGGGAGGAGAAGCUCGUUAAGAAGCUGCUCGUUAAACGACGGGGCCCCCCCUCGGUGUGGGGCAGCCCCCCCCGGCUCCCCAAGCAGCCCCGGGUGAGCCUGGAGCGCCUGGAGCUGGACCUGGAGCUGGACCCGGCGCAGCCGCCCGUGUUCCGCAUCUUCCCCGGGCCCUCGGCGCGCGAGUUCAGCCUCAUCGUCAUCGAGCAGGGGACACCGGGGACACCGGGGACAGCUGGCACUGAGGGGACACCGGGGACAGAAGGGACGGCGGGGACGGUGCAGCCGCACGGAGCGCCGCUGGUCAAGGUGAGUGACACCUGUGUCCGUCCCCUUUCCCCUGUCCCUGUCCCUGUCCCUGACCGUGUCCCCCCCCUGCAGGAGGAGCAGCAGGAGUCGCCCAUCGGUGACACCGGUGACACUGGGGACACCAAACCCGUGGGGCUGCUGCCCCCCCGCCCCCGGGUGACCAGGCCCUGUCCCGGGGGGUCCCCGGGGGGGGUCCCCGUGGGCGUCCCCGGCGUCCCCGUGGGGGUCCCGGGGGUCUCGUGCUGCCGCGUGUGCGGCCCAGGCCGGGCCGUGGUGAUGUGCGACCGCUGCCAGCGCUGCUUCCACCUGCGCUGCCACCUGCCCGCGCUGCACGACGUGCCCAGCCCCGAGUGGACGUGUUUGCUGUGCCAGGAGCUGCCCCCUCCCCUGCCAGAGCCGGACCCGGAUCCUGAGCAGGGCCCCCCGGUGAAGCUGAGCCCCCAGGACCAGCAGCGCUGCGAGUUCGUGCUGCUGGAGCUGCUGUGCCACGAGCCCUGGCGGCCCCUGCAGCGCCUCUGCAGCUCCGCCGCCGUGCCCGCCGCGCCCCCAGGACGGCGCGGCGCCAUGGACCUGACGCUGAUGCGGGCGCGGCUGCAGGAGAAGCUGAGCCCGGCGUACCGCAGCCCGCGGGAGUUCGCCCGCGACGGCUGGGCCCUGCUGCGCCAGUUCCACCGCCUCACCGAGGACAAGGCGGAUGUGCAGUCCAUCCUGGAGCUGCAGCGGUUCCUCGAGAGCCGCCUCAGCGCCGCCUUCGGGGACCAGAAAUUCUCCAGGAUGCUGCUGGAGCCUGAGGAGAGCCUGGAGCGGUCAGCGGGACCUGAGUGA